AGGAAGAACCACCCCAUGUACCCGAUGCUCGUGCUGCUGGGCCUCGCUGCCCUCCUGGGUGCCUCCCAGGGCCGCACGGAUUGCUACGGCAGCGUGAACGGAAUUCAAACCUCCGGGGCUUCGUGUGCGACUGCCAAGCCAGAGGGUUUGUCUUACUGCGGAGUUAGUGCAUCACAAAAGAUCGCUGAAGUGGACCUAAGAGCUAUGGAUCGGUACAAAACCAUCAUUAAGAGAGUCGGUGAAAAGCUGUGCGUUGAACCAGCCCUGAUCGCUGCCAUCAUCUCCCGGGAAUCUCAUGCUGGCAAAGUGCUCCAGAACGGCUGGGGUGACAAUGGAAACGGAUUCGGUUUAAUGCAGGUUGACAAAAACUACCAUAAGCUCCAAGGAACCUGGAACAGUGAAGCUCACAUUACCCAGGGUACAAAUAUACUUAUCUCAAUGAUAAAGGCCAUACAGAAGAAAUUCCCAAGCUGGACAAAGUAUCAACAGCUGAAAGGUGGGAUUUCUGCCUACAACGCUGGGGCAGGCAACGUCCAAACCUAUGAAGGAAUGGACAAAGGCACCACCCACAAUGACUAUGCCAACGACGUGGCUGCUCGAGCUCAGUAUUACAAGAAACAUGGAUACUAGGCUUGGUGAUCUCGGCUGAGUAACUUCCUUACCAUCGCUUGCGUGGCACCCCUGAGGGAGCCAAAACACAGAUCAGCUGUACCCGGCAAAGCUAUAGAGGUGCAAAUGUAGAGGAGUUAUUGAAUGAGAAUGUGCAAGUAAAGCCCUCAGUUUUGGAAUCAAUAUGCAGUAAGACACCAGUCAUUUAGUUUCUUUGCAAGCAAUAUGAUUUUGAUUUCACAAAGGGAAUGUUACCAAAGUCUUUUUUUCCCUGCUAUGUAUACAUUUCUCUGAGUUGUGAAGCCUGUGCUGUUUUGCUACUGGUGAUUUGCUGCCUUCCAGGUCUUAAUACAAAUUUCUGGCAAAAUCUGUCAUUCUUCUAAGAAAUAAAAAGGCAAAAUACUUCCUUGCAU